AUGAAAUAUUCUACAAUCGCUACAACUGCAUCAUUUUUAACAACCAUUUUGGCUGCAACAGUACCAGUUGCUCCUUGGUCAACAUUAACUCCAUCUGCUGCAAUUCCAUCUGAUGCUACAACUGAUUAUUCACAAAAAUUCGGUAUACAAAUACUUACAGUUGAAGAUGCUUCUGCUUUAGCUACAGAUACUGCUACAAAUUUAUCAUCAAAACUAGAAACAAAAUCAGCCAAAAAAAGAAGAAGAGAUGUUGCAAAAACUAUAAGUGAUGGUCAAGUACAACAUCAAACCACUGCUGCUCCUGUUGCACAAAUCACAGAUGGUCAAAUUCAACAUCAAACUACUGCUGCUCCUGUAUCAGUAGUAAAUCAAAUUACUGAUGGACAAGUACAACAUCAAACCACAGCUGCUCCAGCAUCAGUUGUUAAUCAAAUUGGAGAUGGACAAAUUCAACAUCAAACUACUGCUGGUGUUGUAAAUCAAAUAGGAGAUGGUCAAAUUCAACAUCAAACUACUGCAGGUGUUGUUAAUCAAAUCGGUGAUGGUCAAAUACAACAUCAAACUACAGCAUCAGUUGUUAAUCAAAUUGGAGAUGGACAAAUUCAACAUCAAACCACUGCUGGUGUUGUUAAUCAAAUCGGUGAUGGUCAAAUACAACAUCAAAAUACAACUGCCGGGGUUGUUAAUCAAAUCGGAGACGGUCAAAUUCAACAUCAAACAACUGCUGGUGUCGUCAAUCAAAUUGGAGAUGGUCAAAUUCAGCACCAAACUACUGCUGGAGUUGUCAAUCAAAUUGGAGAUGGUCAAAUUCAACAUCAAAAUACAACUGCCGCUGCCAUUAAUCAAAUCGGAGAUGGUCAAAUCCAACAUCAAACCACGGCUGCUGCUAAUCAAAUCGGAGAUGGUCAAAUUCAACAUCAAACCACUGCUACAGCUGCUGCUCAAAUUACUGAUGGUCAAGUUCAACAUUCUAAUAAAACAGUUGAUGCUCAAUCAUUCACUGCUCAACCAACUACUCCAGCAGCUGCUCCAAUUAAUAAUUCACCAAUUGAACAAGCAUGUUCAUCAUCUAAUAAUCUUGUUAUGACAUUAAAACAAAGUUUAUUAACCGAUUCAAAAGGAAGAGUUGGAGCAAUUGUAGCAAAUAGACAAUUUCAAUUUGAUGGUCCUCCACCACAAGCAGGUACAAUAAUUGCUGCUGGUUGGUCAAUUUCAAAUGAUGGAUUUUUACAAUUAGGUGAUUCUAAAAUAUUUUAUCAAUGUUUAAGUGGUGAUUUCUACAAUUUGUAUGAUGAAAAUGUCGCUGCUCAAUGUAAUGCUGUUAAAUUAAGAAUUAUUGAUUUUGUUGAUUGUUAA